AUGAUGAUUCAGGAACUGUGGCUAGCAUCAUACUCCUGGGACGACGAGGUUCAGGAACCCAUAAAAAAGAAGUGGGAAGAGUUCUACGACGAAUUACCAAGUUUGUCCGAGUUUCGUAUUGACCGAUUCGCGUUUGCUCCGAAUUCCACCAUUCAGUUGCACAGUUUUGCGGACUCCUCCGAGGCUGCCUACGGUGCCUGCACUUACGCCCGUACUGUGGACUCCGAAGACAAUGUGCGCAUCCAACUGUUAGCAGCCAAAUCUCGAGUAGCGCCCUUAAAGCGACUAACCCUACCGCGAUUGGAGCUUUGUGCAGCUUUGAUCGCCACACAGCUGCAUUCUCGCAUCAUAGAAGCACUGCAAAUGGGAACCGUCGAAUCCUUCUACUGGUCGGACUCCACCGUGGUGCUACAGUGGCUUAGAACUCCUCCAAGUUUGCUUAAGACAUUCGUGGCCAACCGAGUCUCGGAGAUACAAACCUCCACGCACGGAUCGCAUUGGCGGCAUGUAUCUGGAAUCCAGAACCCGGCGGAUCUUGUAUCCAGAGGGAUGCAUGUGAAGGACCUCCUGACCAGCUCGCUUUGGAAGAACGGUCCUGAAUGGUUAACCUGGCCUGAAGCGGCUUGGCCGACACCGAAAAUUACGAUCUCACCCGAAGUAGAACAUGAAUGCAAGCGAAUGAUGACUGUUGUAGCCACUACUGCACCAUUUUACAAUCCAAUUUUUACAUUAUACCGCAACUUUUCACGUCUGGUAAGAAUAAUUGUCUACUGCCGAUGUUUUAUCCAUAAUCUGCGCGACAAGGUUCGAACGCAACCCGUACACUUAACAGGUUUCGAGCCAAGAAUGUCGCUUUCCGUUGAGCAAAUCUCCCAAACUAAAGCACAGCUUGUUAGACUGGCUCAAGCCGACUGCUUUCAAGACGAAAUUCGUGACCUUCGUCAAGGACGACCUUUGAAGAAGAGCUCUCCGAUAAGGCUGCUGAAUCCAUUCGUCGAUACAGAGGGUACCUUGAGGGUUGGGGGGCGGUUGAAACUUUCUGAACAGCCAUAUUUAUUCAAACAUCCAGCCUUGCUCCCUAGCUUUCAUCCCCUCGCCAAGCUGAUAGCCAAAUCCUUCCAUUACAAACUGGUUCAUGGUGGCGGUCACGUCACCCUAUCGAACAUGCGUGAGGAGUAUUGGCCAUUACAAGGACGAAGACUAGUACGCAGCGUCAUCAGAAACUGCUACCAAUGCGCUCGAGCCAAUCCCGUUCCAGUCCAGCAACAAAUUGGUCAGCUGCCUGCCCAGCGGAUCACUGCCAGCAAGCCGUUUGCUGUUACCGGUGUGGAUUACGCCGGUCCAGUUUAUUUAAAGCCGAUCCACAAACGAGCUCAACCGACGAAGGCAUACAUCUGUCUAUUUGUCAGCUUCACGACGAAGGCAGUGCAUCUAGAGCUUGCCGGUGACCUCUCAACAGUAGCCUUCCUCAAGGCAUUCCGCCGUUUUGUAUCUCGCCGAGGUCGACCAGCACACCUGCAUUCCGACAAUGGGAAGAACUUCAUUGGGGCCAAAAAUGAGCUGCACCAAAUCUACCAAAUGCUCCACAGCCAGCAGGAGAUGGAAAAAAUCCAGAAAGUAUGUGCCGAAGAAGAAAUUGUUUGGCACUUGAACCCACCGAAGGCGCCUCAUUUCGGUGGACUUUGGGAAGCGGCAGUCAAGGUUGCCAAAACCCACCUGUACCGUCACCUCGGGAACACCUUGCUGUCGUUUGAGGACCUGUCUACAGUUUUAGUAGAAAUCGAAGCUGCGAUGAACUCGCGGCCACUUGUUCCGAUGACCGAAGACCCGAACGACUUCUCCGUUCUGACGCCAGCACAUUUCAUUAUCGGAUCGACAAUGCAUUCCCUGCCCAGUCCCAACGUUUGCGACUUCCCAUGGUCGCGGCUUGACCACUAUCACCAGCUGCAGCAGUUAUAUCAGCAGUUCUGGCACCAUUGGAGAACCGAGUACCUCCAGGAACUCCAAAAGGACACCAGAAGCUGCCAACCAAACGCCGCAAUUACGCCUGGCAGGCUAGUGGUGGUCAUCGAUGAAUUCCAGCAUCCAGUUCGUUGGCCACUCGCCCGGAUUGAGGCUGUCCAUCCAGGCGCAGAUGGACUUGUUCGCGUGGUGACGCUACGCACGCCGAGAGGAACCAUCAAGCGCCCAGUCACAAAGAUCUGCAUAUUGCCAACAGACCAAGAAGAUUAA